UCAAUAUUAGUGCUGUAACUGACGCUGGGUGCGGGCGAAUCUGCGCCCCGCCAAAGGAUCCACCAACCGGCACACUGUCUUUCGCAAGCUUCAAAAGUAGCUUCACCAGCAAUGUUAAUUUCUUGAAGCGACGAUUUAGCUCGGGAGAUCUUUCUUCCGAAUGUGAAGAUGUGGAUCCAAAAGAUCUACCGCCAUCAGCACGUCCUCAAACACCCCUACUGCAACAACCUAUGCCAGGUGGACCACCCAACAUUCCACCACCACCAGCACCAGCAACGGCUGUGUCACCUGGGCCAGUUCCAGUAUCUGCUCCACCGUCCGGUGGACCUGAGCUUUCUUUGAGUUUUGGCAAGGGUCCACAACGUGGAACGAGUGCUCCAUCUAGCCCAGCUAAAUCACGAGAGAGUUUGCUACAGCGUGUCCAAUCUUUAACUGGAGCAGCUCGUGAUCAAGGAGCUUCUAUUAUCGGUGCCGCUGUUUCGAGUGCAGCUCGUGUUCAGCCUUUCAACAAGGACAAGUGUUUCACGUUGCUGGUACUAGAUGAUCAAAAUACGGACUGGUCAAAAUACUUUCGUGGCAAACGACUACAUGGUGACUACGACAUACGAGUAGAACAGGCAGAGUUUUGUGAGAUAUCUCUCAUCGCCAACGCUGAUGCUGGUCCUUUAGUGUCAUUCAAUAGAGGCAGCUCGAAGCAACCAAAAUCUUUCCGACCGGAUUUUAUUCUCGUCCGUCAGGCACCUCGUGAUGGCACUAAAGAUCACCGUUCAACUCUUCUAGGUUUAAAAUAUGGAGGAGUGCCGAGUAUCAACUCAUUGCAUUCAUUAUACCAGUUUCAGGACAAACCAUGGGUGUUCGCUCACUUACUCCAACUUCAACGACGUCUUGGCAAAGAAUCGUUCCCGCUUGUUGAACAGACAUUUUACCCGAAUCCUCAUGAUAUGCUUAUGUGGCAACAAUUUCCAUGCGUUCUAAAGGCUGGUCACUGUCAUGGCGGUAAAGCCACGGCAAAAUUGGACAACCCCAGCGCUUUGCAGGAUGCUGCUGGAUUAUUAUGUGGUACGGGAAUUACUGAAAGUACAUCGUACUGCAGCUUAGAGCCGUACAUUGACGCCAAAUUUGAUAUUCACAUCCAGAAGGUUGGAUCUAAUUAUAAAGCAUUUAUGAGAAAAUCAAUUUCUGGAAAUUGGAAAACAAACCAAGGGUCAGCAAUUCUCGAGCAAAUUUCGAUGACUGAGAGGUAUAAGUCAUGGAUUGAUGAGGUAUCGGAACUGUUCGGUGGUAUGGAAGUUUGUGGUAUAGCAGUAAUUGUGUCCAAGGAGGGUAAAGAGUUUAUAAUAAGUGCAUCUGAUUCCACCUUUCCACUGAUGGGAGACACACAAGAAGAAGACCGUCGACAGAUUGCCGAUCUUGUCGUAGGACGCAUGCAGAACGUCUGUCGUCCAUCGAUGUUAACUAAAGCUACUUCACGUACAUCGAUUUCAUCACGAGGUGGAAGCCCAAGCGAAGAGUCUCCCCACAUGCCCAUCGGCACACGUCCGGCUCCUGUCGGUGGUGGACCACCACCACCAAUACCCGAACGCACAACACCGGGUGUAGGAUCAAUAGGCCGCCGUGGAAGUUUUAGCAGUCAAUCUGGUGAACCACCAGAACAACCAACAGAAAAAGUACCGACAUUGACUAACUUCAGUCGCCGGGACUCACAAGCCCGAAAAAUUCAAUGCAACGUUUUUAAAUACAAAAACCACAUUCAACCGAAUCGGGACGAUUCGGACUUGUACGAUGGAGUAGUUAUGAACAGUCUAGCCGAGGCCCAGGUACGAACCCUACACCUGGCCCAACAACAACAACAACAACUGGAACAGUCGCUAUCCCGCUUAGAGCAAGCGCAUGUGGCAUAGCAUGGGUCAGCGAUAAGAGCUGGACACCUCAACCAACGUGGGAACCGUCUGGAGUGAGAAUUUGCUGAGUAGGGACUUUUGUUAGGUUAGCCAGGCCUCUGUAAAACAAAGCUAGAAAUAAAAUUUUAGUU